AAAGAGGAACGGAACUGCAUGUCAUCCAUUGCAGGUGCUGGAUUUAUUUUCUGGAUCCUCAGGAUGACAUUGCUGAGAUAUAUGUUCAUUCAGCUCCUCUGGGCUUACUCUUCUCAGGCAGAAGUGCAACCUUGUGACUACCCACAGGUAGAAAAUAUUGAAUUAAGUGGCUAUUAUCAAAGCAACAGAGAACGAGCCUUUCCAGCAAAGACAGGGUCAUCAAUGUACUACAGGUGUGCCCAGGGUUAUGUAACUGCAACUGAGGAAAAUUGGGUUUUAAUCAGAUGUACAAGAGAUGGCUGGGAUCCUGCACCAAAAUGUAUAAAAACAUGUUCUUUCCCGCGUUUGGAAAAUGGUAGAAUCAACUAUAGCUCUUGGAGAAAAUUCAAAGAAGGUGAAACAACUUCAUAUUCAUGUUACCAGGGCUAUAGCCCUGAAAAUGAGCAAGACAGGAUUACAUGCACUAAGAAUGGCUUGUCGCCUACUCCAAGAUGUAUCCUUGACCCAACCUGUCAUGCAGAUCAUUUGGAAAAUGGCAGAUUCCUCGGAAACUAUUGGAGAACAUCAUACAAAAUAAAUGAAAGAAUGACCUAUUCAUGUAAUUCAGAGAACGACCGUGAGAAUCAGCAACGCACUGUUACAUGCACCAAGAAUGGUUGGUGGCCUACUCCAAGAUGUAUCCCUGACAACACAUGUAAAAAAGUAGAGAUAACUCAUGGUUAUUUCACUGAAAAGAAGGACAUAUUUAAUUUAAAUGAAGAAACAACCUAUAGAUGUGUCAUUGGUUACACAACUCCAGAUGGAAAUGAAACAGGAAAUACACGGUGCAUUCAUACACGCUGGAGCCCUUCCCCAGGAUGUAACAAGACAUGUACAAGACCAAAUUUAGAGAAUAUUCUUCUCAAAACAAAUAAAACAGUAUUUUCACUUGGACAUGAUUUGAUUUACGAGUGUGUAGUUGGAUACCAAACUAUACAUAAAAUCACAAUUGAUUACACAGUGUGUGGCAGAAAUGGAUGGAUUCCAGAGCCCCAGUGUCUUGCAAUAGAAUGUGAAAUGCUGACAUUGCCUAAUGGAGAGAUGUCACCCAGGAAGGGUAAAUAUCAUAAUGGAGAUGUGGUAACAUUUUCCUGUGCAAAAGGGUACACCAGAGUAGGACCUGACAGUGCUCAAUGCUACUAUUUUGGAUGGUCCCCUGCACCUCCAUUAUGUAAAGAUGAAUUAAGAUUUUGUGAGCAACCACCAGCCAUUCACAAUGGCAGUAUCAUCAGUGAAUGUCAGCAGCAAUAUCCACAUGGUAGCACAAUGGAAUACCGAUGUAACCACAGAUUUAAAAUGAUCGGAUCAAGCAAAAUAGAAUGCAUUGAUGGAGCAUGGUCCCCUUUACCUUCUUGCACUGAGGCUAAAAAAAAAUGCCCACCUCCGCCUCAGGUUCCUGGUGCAUUGAAGGUAACAGAGAUGAGAAACUAUGAGAGUGGUGAAGAAAUACCUUUCCAGUGUUUGGAAAAUUUUGAAGCUUCUGCUGAAGUGGACAAAAUCAUGUGUAAAGAUGGGAAGUGGCAGUCACCACCACGCUGCAUUGAAAAAUAUGUUUGUCGCUCACCACGCCCCUUGGAAAAUGGUAAGCUCAGACAAGAGCAUCAGAAUCUAGGAAUGGAGCAAUCAGGACCAAUAACUUAUCCAGAUGGUGCUGUAUUAGAGUACACUUGUAAUACUGGCUUUGUGUUAAAUGGAAGAUCAGAGAUUACUUGUAAUAUGGGAACAUGGACUGCAGCCCCAACUUGUGAUGAAAUGCCAUGCGGAAAAGUUCCAAGUGUUCUCCAUAGUCUCCCAAGGCGUGGAGAAAAGAAUCAUUAUGAGGCUGGUAUAACAGUACGUUAUGAAUGCAAACGAGGUUUUAAGAUUCAUGGAGAACAGAACAUCAUAUGUCAGGCAGGAAAUUGGACUAAGCCACCUACAUGUGAAGAAUUUUUUGGAAAGUGUGGGCCCCCACCUGCUAUUGAAAAUGGAGAUAUCACUUCCUUUCCAUUGAAACAGUAUGAACAAGACUCAAGAGUGGAAUACAAAUGCCAACAUCUAUAUGUCAUGGAGGGGUCUCAAUUUGCUACAUGCAAUGUAGGGGAAUGGACAGAGCCUCCAACUUGCAUAGAGCCCUGUACAGUAUCUGAAGAGGAUUUGGAGAAAAACAAUAUUAAGCUGAAAUGGACUCCAGUAGGGAAAUUAUAUUCUGCAUCUGGAGAUUUUAUAGAAUUUGUUUGCAAAGAGGGAUAUGUGAAGGAUCCAACAUCUCCUCCUUUUAGAGUACAGUGCCUAAAGGGGAAAUUGUCAUAUCCUCAGUGUAGGCUCUGAGCAGGUACUUCAGAAUGAAUGAAGAGAAGCAUCUACGAGCUCAUUUGAAUUUUGGAUCUGAAUCCAUUGACCAGCUAUUUGAAAUGUGCCCAUCUUACAUCCUUCCUCAUGAUGGCAGCCAAGAGUUUCUUCUGAACUGAUAUAUGUAUUUACUUU